AUGGCGUCCGCCUGCGCGCUCACCACCAUAGCCAUCCUCGCCGCGAUCCUCUUCUACGUCCUCCUGCUGCUCAGCCGCGCCAUGGAGCUGCGCUUCGCGGCCAGCUAUGCCAUGCUCGACUGCGCCCCGCCCCCUGCCUCGGACGAGGCCGCCGCCGCCGCCUUCCGGGACACCCUCCUGCCGCUCCUGGCCGCGCUGCCCGCGGCCGCCGCGCCGACGGGGUUCGCGUCCCUGCGGUCCGGCGGCGGCGCGUUCGCCCGCGGCCUCUGCCUGGGCGACCCCUCGCCGAGAGACUGCCUGGCGUGCCUCGCCGCGGCCGCCAAGAAGCUCACCGGCUGCGGCGCGAGCAGGCGCGCCGGCGUCUGGAGGAGCGAGGGCUGCUUCCUGGCCUACGCCGACGGCAACACCUCCUCUCCGCACGAGGGCGUGUUCCGCGACGUCGUCUCCUUCGGCGAGGAGGUCUACCGCGCGGUCAUCUCCGUCGACGACGGCACGCUGCCCUCCUACCCCAACUGCUUCGACAAGCGGGCGCUCGUGGCGCUCGCGCAGUCCCUGGCGGGGCGCGGCGCGGCUAACAGCUCGGGGGCGCGCGUCGUCACCGACGCGGCCGCGCUCUCGAGCAACGCCACCGGGAAGAACGCGGUGACGCUGCGGGCGCAGUGCGCGAGGGACCGCGCGGCGGCGGCGGAGUGCGGCCGGUGCCUGGGGGACUCGGCGCGGGAGGUGCGGGCGUGCGGCUGGGGCCUCGACGGCGAGCACGAGCGCGUGGCCGACGUGCUCGGCUACAACUGUUUCCUACGGAUCGAGACCUCCGUCCCACCACGGCCCGUGGCGAAAUACAUCAUGCAACCAGUGGUUUUGGCCUUGUGCGCCGCCAUACUGCUCGUGCUGGUCGUAACAGCGGUGAGCGCGUGCGUGAGAAAGAAGAGGGGCACCGGGAAUGUGGCGGCGGCGGCGGCGGCAGCAGCAGCAGGUGCGUCUUCUGUCUCUCGGCUACGUACGUGUUCCCAAAAUUAA